CACAGAGCUAGCUAGGCGGCGGCGGCAGCAGCAUGGAGCAGUACUACCGCCUCGUGUGUGAGAGACGAGAACAGGCCGUGCGCAGGAACCAGGCCCUGCAGCGCCACGCCAGGCAGGCCUGCACCUCUCUCGCCGUCCCUGUAGACACCAGCAAGCUGGAGACGCUCAAAAGCCAGUACAAGUUGUCUGUGGAAAGACUCUCCCCUAACUGGCUGAACAGCCAUGUCAGCCAGACCUCACAGAAUCAUGGACUACCAUCUCCAGGUCUAGGCCAGCAAAAAUCACUGACUCUGCAUCUUCCACAAACUGGGAACGUUACCAAUACACACUAUUCGAUGUCUACUGUCUCUCCAUCCUUCCCCUACCAGACUUGUUUAUCUCCUCACUCGUCAACAAGACUCCCACCAACAGCUAACACUGACCCCAUCACCCAUCCUACCGCAGUACACACUGGACCACUAACAUUUCCAAAACCUCCGGCUCCAGUGUCGACUAGUACGACCCUGACUCAACAUCAAUUUCAAACAACCUCAGCUGCUAGGCCUUCCACACCUCCAACUGCAGGCUACAGGUCUCUACCUAAGAGUCCAGUUCUUGUUUCAGAGUCCCUCUCAUCUCUUCCACACCUGGCCCCCUGCCCAACUCUGGCCCCGCUGUGCUCCUCACAGUCACCCGCCAUCCCUCACUACACUGAUUCCACAGCACUACUCUCCCAACUCACCGAGACCAAUCCGUCCUCAUGUGCUCCAGAACAGACUCCCAGACAAAAACCACUGCAGCCACUGUGCCCCCACAACAUCCACCUACAACCGAUGCAGUUGGAGAAAACCACGUACCAAGUCAGCCAAGCAAUAUCACAGUGGAUGUGGCUCCUCGACCACACAAUGUCCUGGUUCUCUCUGCGGAAGACUCUGACUCUUCUCUCUCUCUUUCUCCACCUCCUGUUCCCUCGGACAUUGAGAAGCUUCAGCCUGUUAACCAUGAUUCUAACGGUGCUCUGA